AUGAACAACAAACUUCAUAGUCCCCUUCUCAUCCACAUGGAUACUCAUCCAUGGGCACCUAGACGUUUGUCGCAGUUAGAUUUGGAGAAGGCUCUUUCCACUUCACGGACGAUGGUUGCUCCAAGUGAAUACGAUGGAUUGAACCAACCAUCAUCAUCAAGACGGACAUUUCCUGUUGAUUCAGAAAACCCAUUUGUCACUUUUGAUGAUGUUUGGCUAUUGCUAAAUGAUGCCCGUCUUAUUUAUAGCUGCAGGAAAGUCCUUGCGAUUGCCGUCUCUACCACUUUCGUUAAACAUCAAACGAGAAACGCAACAUACAAAAUCAUCGGAAUUGAGAGGCCGCCCAUCGGAUGA